UCGGCAUGGGACUCGGGCACCAGAAACCGUGGCGGCGGCGCCUGGAGGGGGACCAGGGCAGCCGGGAGGUGAGGGGAGCCGCCUAGAGGGGAACGGACGCAGGGAGAGGUCGCCAAGUGCGGCCUUGGGACGGGCGCGCCGGUCGACUCAGUGCCAAACAGGGAGAGCCCAUUACGUGACUCUGUCCCGAGGGCCCCGGCUCCCAGCCCUUGGACUGCGCUAAACUGGGCGUUGUGAGCCGGCAACGGGUGCGCUGUUGAACUUUGUUUCCUCUAGAGCGUGGAUCUCGGAGCCCUCCAGGCAGCUGCUUGCCUUGAGAAAUGCUGGAGGCUGGGCGGGGGCCCAAGCCCGGGAACCUGUUCUUCCUGUUUCCUGCCUCAGUCCCAGUAGCUGGUCCAGGCCUGUGCAUAUGUGAGUGAAGAACUGGAGCAGGCGCUGAGCAUCCUCACCACACCAAGAGCAGGAGCUGAUCAGGUCCAGGGCAAUGGCAGAAGACCUGGACCCCUGGAAUAGUACCGUCAAUGGCACCUGGGAGGGGGACGAACUGGGCUACAAGUGUCGCUUCAACGAGGACUUCAAGUAUGUGCUGCUGCCCGUGUCCUAUGGCGUGGUGUGCGUGCUUGGGUUGUGCCUGAACGUCGCGGCUCUCUACAUCUUCCUGUGCCGCCUCAAGACUUGGAACGCCUCCACCACCUACAUGUUUCACCUGGCAGUUUCUGACUCUCUCUACGCAGCCUCCCUGCCGCUGCUGGUUUAUUACUACGCCAAGGGUGACCACUGGCCAUUUAGCAUAGUGCUCUGCAAGUUGGUGCGUUUCCUCUUCUACACCAACCUCUACUGCAGCAUCUUCUUCCUCACCUGCAUCAGCGUGCACCGGUGCCUGGGGGUCCUCCGCCCUCUGCACUCCCUGCGCUGGGGCCGUGCCCGCUAUGCCCGCCGAGUGGCUGCGGUUGUGUGGGUACUGGUGCUCGCCUGCCAGGCACCCGUGCUCUACUUCGUCACCACCAGCGUACGGGGGACUCGAAUUACCUGCCAUGACACCUCAGCCCGCGAGCUCUUUAGCCAUUUUGUGGCUUACAGCUCCGUCAUGCUGGGUCUGCUUUUUGCUGUGCCCUUUUCCAUCAUCUUGGUCUGUUACGUGCUCAUGGCCCGGCGGCUGCUCAAACCAGCUUAUGGGACCACAGGAGGUCUGCCUCGGGCCAAGCGCAAGUCUGUGCGCACCAUUGCCUUGGUACUGGCGGUCUUCGCCCUCUGCUUCCUGCCUUUCCACGUCACCCGCACCCUCUACUACUCCUUCCGAUCACUUGACCUCAGCUGCCACACCCUCAACGCCAUCAACAUGGCAUAUAAAAUCACCCGGCCACUGGCCAGUGCCAACAGUUGCCUUGACCCUGUGCUCUACUUCCUGGCAGGGCAGAGACUUGUCCGCUUUGCCCGAGAUGCCAAGCCACCCACAGAGCCUAUUCCCAGCCCACAGGCUCGUCGCAAGCUGGGUCUGCACCGACCUAACAGAACUGACACUGUAAGGAAAGAUCUGUCAAUCAGCAGUGAUGACUCAAGACGGACAGAGUCCACACCAGCUGCAAGUGAGACUAAGGACAUUCGGCUAUAGCACCUCAGUCAGGUGUCAGUUCAUACAGGGGAGCUGUAGGGGACCAAGGCUUGUUCAAAGGGGCUGAUAUCCUCCGAUCCGGAUCAUCAACAGUUCACCCUUGGCAGGGGUUCAGGAUACUCAUCUUGUGGUCCCAAGAGUAACAGGACCCCAAAAUCCCCAAUCAUUUAUGUGUGUGAGUUGGGAAAUCAUAUCUUAAGAAAGGCAAUGCCAUCUGACUCCCAUGCAGACAGCUGCCAUUCCUGCCAAGGUACGUAGGCUGAGGUUCAGCCUCCUAAAUCCAAGGGAGAAGCAGGCCCAGAGAGGACGCAAGAGUCCAGGCUAGCUACCUGGAUUAGGAGUGGAAUCACAAGGUGACUAGAGGACCCUUGUUCCCAUGGUGAUGUAGGACGGACUCAGCUCAGAGGAGAACCCUCAGGCCAGGGGGCAAACAACUGAGAACUACUGUCAGAUCCGUCUGGAGCCUCCCCUGAGCUGGCAGCAGGUGGAAACCAUAAUUUAUAUGAAGGGCUGUGCCACCUUUUGGGCUGUGCUCUGGGGCAUGGCCUGGGAAGCUGUCGCCACCCAUACUGCCUUCUUUCAGUAAUAGGAAGUCUUGAACCGGGGAUCCCUCCUCAGUCCCCCAGGUCAACCCUGCUUUUAAGCCACUUGUCUUCUGUAUUGUACUAUGCCAGGCAUGGAAAGGAGUCAAAUCGGGCUCUAGUUCUUGGGGUUCCCCAGUACACAAAACCUCGCAUGUGCUGGUAAACGUCGAACCAUUUAACUGAACUGGGCGGGGGGGGGGAGCUUUUAUUUAUAACACUGCCAGUUGUUGUGGUGCAAUCAAUCCCACUGUGGCCAAUCCUAUUUCAAUUUCAAAUUACCAAAACAGUGGCAAAACCAUUACAAAAGUUCUGAAAAAUCAACUAGUUCUUUUUUCCCCCGGGCUUGUGGGGGAGGGUAGUGUUGCUGAUUAGGUAGAGUCUCGGGUAACCAAUGGCGGCCUUGGAAUUUGCCAUGUAGCUGAAGCUGACCUUGAACUCCUUACCCUCUAGCCUCCAUCGACAAAGCGCUAGGGUUACAGGCAGAUGCCACACCUGUCCGACAACUGGCUCUUAAAAGCAGAUGCAGGAGUACUUCAGCACGAGCCAUGCUGACUAACUGGGAAGAGCCCUGGUCAGGAAGCGUCCCUAGAAUGCAAGAAAGUGGACUGGGCCACCUCUACCUCCUCUCUGUCCCCUCUCCCCUCUCAGCCAUUAAAGCUGAGACACCCCCAAC